ACUCAGCGCAGUGAAUAUUAUUCAUUUGUUGCUUCUACGUCCGACACCGUCCUACAAUCAUGAUUAAAAAUAUUAAUAAUAUUUUCUCUAUAUUUUUGAUGUUAACUUUUAUUGGUUAUACAUACGCCACCUGUUUUGCUGAAAUGAAUGGUGCUGGUUUAGUUGACGGGUAUAAUCAGGAUAUAGACAAAGAUGUCGUCAAAAAAAAGGUUGAAGAAUACAAUACAAGUCUCCCUGAAGCAUUUGAAAAUUGGUUUUAUUUGGAAACUUACAUUUCUACUUACAAUGGACGAGUCCAGCCGAAUUUUGUAAUGCUCUAUGAUUAAUACAUAAAAAAUAUCAAUUUUUUAGUAUAUACUUGUCAUAGUACUUAAAAUAAAUGAUGAUGAUUAGGGUGCGGAUUUUUAUGUAAUAAAAAAGUCAAAAUAUGUAAAUUCGUACUUUCUUAAAUAAGACGAUUUUAUAUUGUGAUGAUUUAUUUAAUUUAUUUAAUAUUUAUUACUAAACUAUAAUAAUACCAUAAUUUUAUUUGAUAUUCUAAUAAUAUUGAUUUAUUUAAUAAAGCAUAAUCAUUUUUCCAUAUUAAUAUUAUAUUAAGAAUUAGUAAAGUCUCACCAUCAUUAUAUCGUA